GAUUCUGCAGGAAACAAAGUGCAAAAACGUUUGUUUGCUAUUAACGGCACGCCAAAACUCAACGAGAGACUGGGACUGGAGAGUGGCGAAAGCGACAUGCAGAAUAAAAAAAACCUCUAAACAAAGAACCCAAAAGUCUCCAAAGAAAACGUCACAAAAUGAAAAUGGAAUGGAGAGAGGGCCGAGUUGACACAGUGAGUCUUUGUUGUUAUCUGACGCCAUGUACGUAACUUAAACUUAAUAGCAGUAGCAGGAAGUAGGUCAACCUUUCCUUCUCUCCCUCCUUCUCAAAUUCCUCCUUUGAGUCUUUUCUAUCAGGUCUCCACCCACCUUACUUCCUCACUCUCAACUCUCAACUCUCAACCUCUCCCUUUAUUGUUUUAUUUAUUGCAGACCGCUAUUCUCUUCCUGUAUUUAUUUCCCAUCGAUUUCUACUUCGGCAUCUCGAUCCUCAGUCUUUGGUGGGGAUUCCCUUGUACAAGUUUUCUACUAAAUUUAAAGCGAAGCAGUAGUAUAUCACUAGAGCAUCAUCAUCACUAGAGCAUCGUCGGUUCUGUUGUUUUAAUCAAAUGGGGAAGAAGCAAGUAAUGUUGCCUGCAGCUGAAGUCGACUUGACCGCUGUCAAAUAUGAAUUUGAACAAGUUCAAGCUCCGCAUUUGACUGGAUUUUCGCUCAAAUUGCUUGUGGGGUUACUAGAAGCGCCAUUCAUUGGUCCCAUGCUUAUAUCUCAUUUGAAGAAGCAGAAUAGGGUGGUCGAGAUGUUGAGAAAUACUGUCAUCCCCGAACCUCCCAUGUUUAGACCUGAGUUUCCUCCCCAAGAACCCGAGUCUGGUGUUGCUCAUUUGGAAGAAGAUGGAAAACCAGAAGACCGAGUUGAAUUAGCAUUGAAGUGUCUUCCACACUACGAUCCUGAUGAGACAUGGAUUGCAGAUUCUAUUGCAUCUUUCCGCUACUGGAAGAUUCGUGAUUAUGCAUAUGCAUACAGAUCUAAGCUUACCACCCCUUCCAUCGUUGCUGAGCGGUUCAUUGCAGCAAUCGGGGAGUUCGACAAUAAGAAUCCAUCAACACCAUUACUGAUUUCUUAUGACCCUGAGGAUAUAAGAAAGCAAGCUGCAGCUUCAACACAGAGGUUUGAGGAAGGAAAACCACUGUCAGUAUUAGAUGGGACAUUCAUGGCUAUCAAGGAUGACAUCGAUUGCCACCCUUAUCCAUCCAACGGUGGAACAACAUGGUUACAUGAGGUGCGUAAGGUGCAAAAAGAUGCAGUUUCUGUGUCAAGGUUAAGGAGCUGUGGUGUGAUUUUAGUUGGAAAAGCCAACAUGCAUGAAUUUGGCCUGGGAACAACUGGAAAUAAUCCAAAUCAUGGGACUGCAAGGAAUCCCCACGCUCCAGAUAGGUAUACAGGUGGAUCUUCUUCAGGGCCAGCAGCAAUUGUUGCUUCCGGACUAUGUUCGGCUGCAUUGGGAACAGAUGGCGGAGGUUCAGUACGUAUUCCAUCUUCUCUUUGUGGUGUUGUUGGCUUGAAGACGACAUAUGGCCGGACUGACAUGAGAGGGGCAUUAUGUGAUUCAGGGACUGUAGAGAUUAUUGGGCCUAUCACAUCAUCAGUUGAGGAUGCAUUACUUGUGUAUGCAGCAAUAUUGGGGUCCUCUGCUGCAGAUAGAAUUGCCUUGCGACCUUCUCUUCCUUGUUUGCCAUAUUUGUGUUCACAUGAGGGGUUGAAUGCUGUAGGAUCAUUGCGGUUGGGGAAGUACACAGAGUGGUUCAAUGACGUUUUCUCAACUGAUAUCUCCAUCAAGUGCGAGGAAAUCCUUAAUUUGCUAUCAGAAAAACAUGGGUGCAACAUGGUGGAGAUUGCUAUUCCAGAGCUGCAUGAGAUGCGCACAGCUCAUAUUCUUUCCAUUGGUUCUGAAUCGCUUUCCUCUUUGACUCCUGAUUUUGAGGAUGGGAAAGGGAAAUACUUUUCACUUGACACUCGCACAAAUCUGGCACUUUUUAGAACAUUCACUGCAUCAGAUUAUGUUGCUGCCCAGUGUUUAAGAAGAAGGAUAAUGCACUACCAUAUGGAAAUUUUCAAGAAGGUGGAUGUCAUUGUUACCCCUACAACAGGCAUGACAGCACCUAUCAUACCACCAGCUGCCCUUAAAUCUGGAGAAACAGAUCUUCAAGUCUCAGGAAAUCUCAUGCGCUUUGUUGUGCCGGCAAAUCUUCUUGGAUUGCCUGCAAUUUCUGUCCCUGUUGGUUAUGAUAAGCACGGACUCCCAAUAGGUCUACAGCUUUUAGGUCGUCCGUGGGGUGAAGCUUCUAUUUUACGUCUAGCUGCUGCCAUAGAGGAGAUUUGUCCUGAGCCAAAGAAGAAACCAGUGCAGUUCUUUGACUUGUUAAAAGGGAACUAGCUAAAAAAUGAAGGCCUUAUAUUUGGUUGGUCACUGGUGCAGUCUGUGAGGUGCCAGGAAGAAUAUCAGCCUGACAGAGUCUGGCAAAACUAGUUGCAUGCUUGAGCGGUUCAAUAGUUUGAAAUGCAGUGGCGUUGCAAAAUAAUGAAUCUGAGUGACAUAAACUUUGGGAAGAAACAAAAUGUUGAGCAAUCUGCAUCUGGCCGUGUCUCUUCUGUUUCCUUGCAAUUGCAAAGCGCACCUUGUCUCUUUCGUAAUUUUUGUUCUUGAGUUUCCAUUUCUUUAGCAUGGGAACACGGUAAUAAAGAGGACAGUCCAUUUGCUUCAACAAGGAAAGAUUU